AUGAAUGCCCUCUUCAUUCUUCCAUCGUUGUUUGCUCUAAGCAUCUCUAAGGCAGUGAUUCCAGAGUCAUCUGUGGUAGGUAUCGAGUUCAAAGAACAAAAAGCUGCAAGCACUUCCUACGCAUACGCUGUCGAUCUAGAUAGACCUGUAUCCUUGGCUGCAUUUUCCUGCAUGAAGAAAGCCGGCUACAAGACGGCAAUUAUAAGAGCUUAUGAUCCUGCGGGAUCUGGCAGAUUUGAUGUCAACGCUGUAAGCAACAUUCGUAAUGCUAAUCAAGCUGGUCUCGGAACUGAGGUUUUCAUGACACCACUUCUCCGUUCAAGUAAAAAAGGCAGCCAACAGUUCAGAGAACUCUAUGAAGGGCUCAAAAACGGCAAAAUCAAUGUGAAAACAGUAUGGCUGCAGGUAUCAUUACAGUAUCCUUGUCCAGAUUGCUGA